AAUAUAGCAACUUUGUAACAAACUGUGUGUAUACAUACAUACAGAACAUUACAAUUAUACACAAUAUAGGCUACUGUAUACACAUGCAUGCACGCGCACACACAUACAUACACACACAACACUGAUUUAAUCUCACCCUGUCAAAGUAGUGUAUUUUGUUGGAUUGUACAGUGUUUCAACGCUGGAAUAUUAUGUGGCCCUAGAUUUACUGUGUGGUACUUUAGUUAAAAACUUUGAUUUGCGAAUAUGUAACAUAUAAGCACAAAGCUGAAAUAAUGAAUAAUAAUAAUAAAGGUUUUACAGGGUUUGAUAAAGGGAGUCUUUUCACUACAGGGCUUUAAUGUCAGGUAAGAUAGGAUGACCACCUUUAGGGCGUUAUAUCAGUUAAUAUUGCCAAGGCUGGAUUAACCCUCCAGUGAGCCCUUAGGGGGCAGAAAGUGAGCCAAAGGCCUAUAUUAAACCCCAGUUGUAAGUUAAUUAAAUGCAAAUUUAUUUAAGAAUAUGCACCAUGUAAGCAUACUCUAGCUACUGACAUAUUAAGAGUUUUGGAUUUUUACACAAGGGUCCUCUAUAAGACAGAACCUCAAUAUUAAAGUGCACUCCUUUAAUACAGCAGGGGGCUUCCAAAAGACACAUUUAAAAAAUAAUUUAAAAAAAAGUCAAAAUGAAUAGAAACACAACCUGACUUCCCUAGUCACACUCCAAAAAUACUGGAUUUUACAUUUCCCAUAAUGCAAGUUGACCCUGAUCUGGUAAUUACUGAAGCCUUUCAAUUCACAUGCCUUGGUCGUCUCCAAGCCCAAGUCAAGAUAACCUUGAUGACAUCAUCAGGGAACACUUCACAUAAUAAGCAAACUAAACUUUUUGUGUAACGUCAAAGGAUUUCACUUUCACAACAUGAUUUACCUGAAAGCCCUUUCCAAUAUAUUUUAUCUUUAUCAAUUCAUGAAAUAGUCUCACACAGUGAACCUGGAGCUCUAGGGGGCCCUGGGGCAGUUGCCCACCUUGCCCAGCUGGCAAUCCAGCCUUGCACAUUAACAUACGCAUAUUCAAUUACAUUACCACAAAGCAGUUAACACAAAGUAAGCCUGGAGCUUUUAGGGCCCCCGGUAUCCUGGGGUCCUGGGAAAACUCAGUUGGAAUCCCAGUCUUGGUUUCGUGGUUACAGUAAAGCUAUUAAAAUUAAAGUAGCUUUUCAAUUGUGAAUUAAAAGAUGAUACUGAGCUGGGUUUUAAAGGAAGUUUUUCCUUGUCUGAUUCAAGUGCUUUAAGGGCCGUGGGUGUAAUGUACAGAUUGUUAAACACCUUGAGGCAAUUUUGUGGUAUUGGGCUAUAUAAAUAAACAUUGCCUUGACUUGAACUGGUCAUAGUGAUGCUCUAAACAUAGGUUUUACUUUAUUCCUAUGCUGUUUAAUUUUGAGAAGUAAAAAAGACUAUCUUCUGAAUGGGCUUCUUUAGCAUCUUGCUUAUGUAGCAGUAUGCACAUGGGGGCAGUGUUUGGUCGUUAAUUGGCUCUUUCAUGUAGAGCAGGCCGCUGCUGAUUGGUCGCCUGUGAAACAUCUGUAUCCAUAGUUCCAGUUGCUCGUGUCUCCGGCCAGAAAGCAGCUCAUGACUCAGAGCUGGAGAGUGUUAACUGACUGAUUACAGCUUCAUUGUCACGCUGCCUUCCGUUGUACAUAACUUGAUUAAAAACAUUUUGAUUUAUAACCUACAUUUUGUGUCGAGGUACACCACUAUCUUACCGUGCCAGAGAUUUGUAACAUAUUAUUUCAUAUUCUGUGAAGCGGCAAGGAAAAGUUAUGGGGCGCCGGAGAAAGACGAAUGAAUGAGUGAAUACAUUAACCGAAUGAAGAUUGGCUACAAACUGCUAUAUAAGUAUGUCACACAACAAGACGAUUCUUGUCGAGGAAGGCAAAGCCAAGUGUUUUUUUUUUCUUCAGUGCUUUAUUCCAAGUAGCUGUGAGGACGUGCGUGAAGCCCAUCCCACUCCGUUCCCUAAAUUCACUGCGCCUGCUGUAGCCCAGGAGCUGUUUGGCGCUGGAUUUGCCGGCUCCGCUGCGUUCAGGCAAACGCUGUAACCUCCAGGUAUGCUAAUGCCCCCUUUGUAAGGCAUCGCGGCAGACACAAAGGAACUCGUUUCACUUUUUUUUUUCUUCCAUUUUUAAGGUGACCGCCGUCAUCAGCGCUCCGUCCGCCGCUGGCCACCCUGUGCGGCUGAAGGCAACGUAAAACCCGCUCUGUGUCUGGAUAUUCGGCUGCUUUUAUUUCACCGAGAGCGACCAGCGCGGGUUUAAGUGGACUAUCGAUAAGUUCCUAAUCAGAUUGAUGGCCGUUGCGUCAACGGGGGGGAAGUCGGAGCUGCCAAAUUGGCCGCGAGCAAGCUGAUCUCUUAAUGGACCGCUGAAUUGUUAAAUGACACAGCGAUGAAUGUUGUUGUUUCCCUCCCGUGAUACAAGAUAGCUUAUCUGGAGCCGCAACAGCUGCCUUCCUGACGCUUUUAUGCAUAGCCUUUGCAGGGUCAAGAUGCAGUUUCGGACUGUGCUGGACGUGAAAGUCGUGGACGUGGAGAAGAGGCGCAAUCCGUCUAAACACUACGUGUAUCUCAUCAAUGUCACCUACUCUGACAACACCUCCCACAUCAUCUAUAGAAGAUACAGCAAAUUCUUUGACCUACAGAUGCAGAUACUUGACAAGUUCCCAAUUGAGGGAGGGCAGAAAGACCCAAAGAAGAGGAUCAUCCCAUUUCUCCCAGGCAAGAUCCUGUUCCGGAGGAGUCAUGUGCGAGAUGUGGCCAUGAAGCGACUGCGUUUCAUCGACGACUACUGCAGGGCACUGGUGCGACUCCCCCCUCAGAUUUCUCAGAGUGAGGAGGUGCUGCGCUUCUUUGAGACGAAGGCCGACGACAUCAAUCCUCCAGUGGAGGACUAUGGCUCCAAGCGCAAGACGGUAUGGAUGUACGGCUUUACAGACAGCCCGAGGAAAGAGGCCUCAGGGACUGACAGCUCGGAGCCCAUGGUGCUGGAGCAGUACGUGGCCGUGGCCAACUAUGAGAGGCAGGAGAACUCAGAGAUCAGCCUCAAGGCCGGUGAGACGGUGGACGUGAUUGAGAAGAGCGAAAGUGGUUGGUGGUUUGUCAGCACAGCAGAGGAGCAGGGCUGGGUGCCGGCCACAUACCUGGACUCCCAGAAUGGAACCAGAGAUGAUUUGGAUCUUGGCACUUCCAGGACUGGAGAGGUUACUAAGAGACGCAAGGCCCAUCUGAAGAGGCUGGACCGCCGCUGGACCCUCGGGGGUAUAGUCAACCGUCAGCAGAGCAGAGAAGAGAAAUAUGUGACGAUACAGCCGUACACCAGUCAGGGGAAGGACGAAGUCAGCUUCGAGAAAGGGGUCACCGUGGAGGUCAUCCAAAAGAACCUGGAGGGCUGGUGGUACAUCAGAUAUUUAGGAAAAGAGGGCUGGGCCCCUGCCUCAUACUUGAAAAAGGUGAAAGAGGAUUUUUCCCCCCGCAAGAAGACCCUGACAGGCCCUGUGGAGAUCAUCGGCAACAUCAUGGAAAUCAGCAACCUACUGCAAAAGAAAUCAGUCAGCGAGAAGGACAUUCAGACGGACGGAGAAGGUAGCACCACACCGGAGCGCCACAUCUCUAAGAGCGAGAUCAGCCUGCCCAUGCCUUACAGCUCUGAAAUCAACGCUGAGACAGGCAGGAGGCUGAGCGCAGGACGUGACACCAACAGCCCAUGUCUAGGAAUAGCAGCAAGUGCUGCACUAAAUGAAAAUAAAGGAAGAGGCGAGCCCGGGUCCCCAGCUGUUGCUAGAGUGGCACCACAUAGAGUGGAAAUUGGGUCUCCAAAUCUGAGACAAAAACCUCCCCCAAGGAGAGACACCAACUUGGGAUUCCAGUUACCUAAGCCACCAGAGCCCCCUGCUGUGGAAGCAGAGUAUUACACUAUAGCAGAUUUCCAGUCCUCAAUCUCUGAUGGCAUCAGUUUCCGUGGAGGACAAAAGGCUGAUGUGAUAGAAAAGAACCCUGGAGGCUGGUGGUACGUGCAGAUUGGAGAGAUGGAGGGAUGGGCCCCCUGCUCCUACAUCGACAAACGCAAGAAACCCAACCUCAGCCGUCGAACCAGCACCCUGACCCGGCCCAAAGUCCCGCCGCCAGCUCCGCCUGUCAAAAAACAAGACUCUGAGGAGGCUCCCCCUCCCUCUAACUCUGCCUCCAAAGCCUCAGAGCCACCUAAAAGGCCUGUGUACGAGGAACCUGAAUAUGAUAUUCCUGCAAUCGGAUGCGAAGGUGAGUCUGACACAGAUUCUUUGAAGGAUGACCGCUCCCUUGAUGUGAAAAUCAGCAGCGUGGUCAGCGACAAGUACCGUAGUUCCCCUCCUUCCUGCAAGGCCUCCCCUCCUGUCUGUAAGGCGUCUCCUGUGUUCACUCAUAGAAGAGCCUCCUUCAGGUCUGUAGAGGAGGUUGCUAAAGAAGAGUGUAUUUACGAGAAUGAUGGCUUCAGGCCGAGCAGUGGCGUUGAAGGAACCUCAGCCAAAGGUUCCAGUGAGCCCAACUCCCCAAAGAGUUACCACUCCUCCACAGUCCCACGAAAACCCUCUGGAUCCUCACCUUUAGCCGGAAGGCCCAUGAAGACCAUGACACCGGAGAUGAAUCGGAGAAGUCAAACCCUGGGCAGACACAUAGAUAUCAGCCUCAGGUCCCAGGACAACAGCCCCCUCUCUUCAUCAGAUGAAUUGAGCAGAGGGCCCAAGAAAGGCACUGCCUUCACCCGGGAUGUGGAGCAGAGAAUAGGUCAAAGCCCAUCCACCAGGCCCAAGCCUUCUGUCAGACCUAAACCACUCCUGACCAAAUCAGAGCCCCAGAGUCCUGAGAGAAUGGACAUCAGUUCUUUGAGACGGCAGCUGAGGCCUACAAGUCAGUUUCGACAUAGCAUCAAAGCUUCUCGUGGGGACGACUCGGAAACAGCUUCUGUAAUCUCUUCAGAGGACUCAAUGUGUUCACGCAGCACCUCAGAUCUCUCCUCUGUGUACUCUAAAGGGAGCCGUGGUGACUCAGACGUGGAAGGACCCAGUCUCUACCGCUCCCUGGAUGCCUACAAGAAGGUCCAGGACUCUGAGCUCAACUUCCCAGCCGGAGUGGAAGUCGAGGUUCUGGAGAAGCAGGGGAGCGGAUGGUGGUACAUCCGUUGGGGCUCAGAGGAGGGCUGGGCUCCUUCGUACUACCUGGAACCUGUCAGACAAGUGGGUGAUGCUGGUGGGUUAGACUCAGAUGGACAUGGGAGUGGCGGUAGUAAGUCCAACAGCCUUGAGAAAAACGAGCAGCAUGUUUUGGCCCUCAAUAAUAUCAACAUUCAGGGUCUGACUCAGCAGCAUCAAGGUCUGAGAAGGAACACCCCACCGAUUCCUUCUAAGCCCCCCGGUGGCUUUUCAAAGCCGUCCGGGAUGGUUAACGGAGGCGUACGGAUGAGGAACGGAGUACGCCAAGUGGCAGUGAGGCCUCAGUCUGUAUUUGUGACCACAACACAACCGGCAAAGGAUUCGCACUACAUGACAGGGUCUCUAAGGCGAAAUGACUCACUUGGUAGGAGUGAUCACUACGGUUCUGGUUCUGCCACUCUUGGUGUCCGCCGAAAUGCCUCCUUCAGCACCGUGCGGCCACAUGUAGUUGUCGAAAGUCAGACGAGGCCUGCCGAACGCUCCAGCCUUGGGUCCUCAGGGAGCGCAUUCAGCACAAGCAACGUCCAGGACACCCUUAGCAGGGUUAACCAACGCAAUGGCAUCCCAGUGUCCACAGUCCGGCCCAAGCCCAUAGAGAAGAGCCAACUGAUCCACAGCAACCUUGGCAGGGAUGUGUACGUGUCCAUCGCUGACUAUCGCGGUGAUGAGGAGACUAUGGGUUUCACCGAAGGCACCUGUUUGGAGGUGUUGGAGAGAAACCCAAAUGGAUGGUGGUACUGCCAGGUGCAGGACAGCCUGCUUCCCCGCAAGGGCUGGGUCCCCUCCAACUACUUAGAACGGAAAAAGUAGAGCCAACCCCAUGUCCUUCCCACACCCUUCAUCCCGCCUCCCUCUUUUGAUGUCUCCAAGGAUGUGGGUGGCAUCACUCCUCAAGAAUGUUAACCGCAAUCUCCUGUAAGCAAUAUGCCCUUGAAAAUGUACAUUUAUGAAAAGACUGUGUGUAAAAAGAAAGAUGUUUUAAUCUGAUAAGGAAGGACACUUUUAGUGCUGGUUUACUAAAAUGUAUACAAAGAGGAGUGUAAAGAUUUUAGAUAUUUUGGCUGGAUGAGAGACAGAAAUAUGGGAUUGGUCACCCUUGAGGGAGGAAAUUUGAGGAGGUGUGUCUUUGAGAUAUAAAUUGGUGUGAAUGGGAGUGAUAACCUCUUAAAGAGGUUUGCAUCAUGUAAUACAGAAGUUGAGCAGGGUAAUGGCUAUGCUUAUUCCUGCCCAUCACUUACUAUGAUGGCCAAUAAGUGCCUUUUGUAUUUGAUCACCUAAAUGGAGGUCCUAAAUGGUGGAUGGCAAAACAUUAAAUCAACCAAAUCUCUUAAGAGUGCCAUAGGCCUACGAACACCACCAAGAAUAUUUCCAUGACCAAUUAAGAGCUACACUACAGAGUGCAAACAGAGUGCAACGUUUCAGUCUAGAGUGCUCUAAUUGGUCCAAUACACAGAUUAAAGAAAGAAAAAUACAGAGAUUUAAGGAACUCAAUUCACCAGAGAAUUUAUUCAUUUUAAGCCACAAGUGAUCAAGCAAACUAAACACUAAGUCUCAUUAUCAAUAUUUUUACUUAGUUUUGUUGUUGUUGUUCAUGUUAUAAUGUCUUGUUUUGAUUCAAAUCUUCCUUAGAGAAUUAUUUCUGCUUUCUUGUGACAUCUGUUUUCCACCAACAGCCUAGAAAUGGAAGUGUCAAAGCUCCUGCCUCAUGUCGUGUACUAUCUGACACCGGCAGUGGGUGCUCCAGUCUGAUAGAUUGGCAUAGUUUUCUCAUAGAUCUUCAGCCCACAAAAAUAUGUUAAUAUUCAUGUUUUUAAUCCCAGAUAUUACUAUCUGGGACAACAAAUGUAUAAAAAAAAACCUGUGAAACUUGAAAAUAACAGUAUAACAGUUUCCUGCAAAGUCAAAGGAACAACUUGUAAUCUCCAGAACAAAACCACCUCAUAUCUGGGUAGCUAAUACCCUCAAAAGAUGAAAACAAUUAGUUUACAAUGAUUUAGGUUUACUGUAGAGUUUUUAGCUCCAGGAACAAUUGAUUUUGUAUAUAUUUUGUUUUGUAUUCAUAUAAUAAUACCGCUGUUGUGGAGUUGUAUUAAAUAAAUACUGGAAAUGCGGUGAAAUAAUUGAAUCCCAGGGACAUAUUUGCAUAGCAUUUGGCCCAAAAUGUGAUCAAACCAAAGAGAAAUAUCAUUUCAUUGGCUGUUUCUUUUUUACUUAACUAUUUAUUUAUGGUACAGAUAAUUUAGUGUAUUCAUCAAAUUGCAAAAAAUCAUGGUAAAACAUGGUUUCUGAACUGUAAAAUCAGUAUUGAUCAGUAUUCCUAUCAGUAUUGAUCCACUGAAACAAGUAAAUUGUAAUACUAGAUAUUGCUGUGCAGUAUUGGUUUUGACAUUAAAUUGACAAAAUCGUUUAUUAUCUUGUUUCAAAGUUAAGGUAUUUUUUCACAUCCAAUAAAUUUGUUGGGUUUCAUAUCACUUAAUAUAAUAUCAUAUAAAUAAAACUGCAAACUCCAACUAAAUCAAGUAUAUCAAGUUAGAAAUAAUUCUCCCCACAUGCAGGAGUUAAGUCUGAAAAUUUGAAAACUUUAAAAACUUUAAAAAUUCAAAUGGCUGAUGUUCAAGACUGCUGAAAUACAUUUUCUAACGAACAGUGUAAGCUGUCAUCAUUAGGCUGAACACUAACUUUUGAUUAUGUUUCUGCUGGACAGUAUCAUAUUAUUAAACAAAGUGCAGUACCUGCUAGAUCGCAGUUAUCUAUUUUAGCAAAAUCAUAUUUUUUUGUUUUUGUUUGUUAAUCUGUUAGUUUGUGAUCACACGGUGACAAUAAUGAGGAACGAAGUGGUUCUGUUUUGUGAAUUAGUGCACUUUAAAAUUGGUUUUAUGGUGCAUUAAUGUAAAGAUGCAGUAAAUCCUCAGCAUAUUAUUUAUUGAAUAAGUUUUUGUAAUUAUUUAAUGUCGCUAUUCUUUUUUUUCCUCACUUCAAAUGAGAGGCUGAGACUCUUGAGAUGAGUUCUCUGCAUGAUAGUGAACAUUUCGAAAGUCUCUUUGAGUAGAAUUGGAGAAAUAGCGGCCUCUUGUGGGAGGUCAAAGGUACUACAAUGUGAUUUUUAUCCCAUCCACAAAGCUUAUUUAUAGGCCAGCCUACCUCAGUGCAAUAAGAAAUGCACUGCCGGUCAGUGAGUCUCCCCAAAAACUGUACAGAAAUUACAUUUUCUCUUUUUUUUAUCUCAGUGCAGCUAAAAAUAUUUUUGUAGCACGUGCUUUGUAUUAGGCAGUAAUUUAUUUUUUUGAAGUUCCCUUUUUUUUCUCUAUGCUGUGUGCUGCAACUUUCGCAAAUCAUGGGCACUUCCUUCAUCUUUAUUGUGCUUUACAUAAUGCCUGAUUUUAAGUGUAUUUAUUAUGAACAGUUUUCUAUCUUAUCACAGUUUGACAAUCACCUUAUCACCCCUUCAAAAUAUUACUGUAUAGUUUUAUACAGAUUA